GCCGUGAGAUUGCAUCAAGUACCUUGCAAGUUAAGCGGUGUAGUCUGUUCAACCAACUAUGGCUUCACCCGGAGAGUUACAUCGUGGAGCAGCAGCGUGGUUAUGUACUCUGGAAAGGGGCUGGUGGAGGCUGCAGCUGAUCGCGGGUGAGCUGUCUCUCCAAAAGCAGCAGGGGAUGGAGGUUGACAGGGGGGCGAUUUCACUGCCUGUCUGGCUGGCUGGUAGUAGCCAGGAUGUGCUGGCGAUCAUCUGGGAGCUGGAAGAGGGGCCAGCUGCUCAGCUCGAUCCCAUCAUUGAUUGGAGCCAGGCGGAUGAGCUGCUGAAUAUCUGUUAUGCCCUCUUCGAAGAGGGUGUCGCCCUCCGUACAGAGUUGGAGGACAGCAUAGGUUACCUUGGCGGCACCUGCAUCAUUGACGACGACUAUAAAAUUGCCACCAACAACAAUAACAACAACAACAACAGCAAUAAUGGCAACGACUUUUGUGGCUGCAAGGACUGCACCGAGUGCACUGACGAAGGUAAGUCUGGUGGGCGUGAGGACAGCAUCGGAGGCACGAGCGGCACCUGCAUCAUCGCGGAGGAUAAUAGCACCGAUCACACCAACAUCGAUAACAGCAACAACGAAGAUUACAACAACAACAACAUCAACAAUACUCAUUCUACGCUCUCUCCGCGCGUGGCGCGAACGGAGUUGUCGCCCCCUCCUUGCUCGCCUUUCUGCUGGGAGGGGGGGAGGUUACAUCCCGUUUGAUGGCUCAGGAAAUGAAAGCAGAAUCAAUAG